AUUAUACUGUUGAUUUAUGUUAUUGAGUUAUUAAUUUGCGUUAAGAAUUGUAAUUGUAUAAAUUAUUGCGAAACAUAAGGUGAUAAUUUACGUUCAAUAAUGGCCGAUAUUCAAAGCAUUUUUAAGCAAAAUUGCAUUGUACCAGAUGUUAUAUCGAUAGCACCUUCAGAGCUUAUCAAUAUUCAAUAUCCAAGUGGUGUAACUGUAGAUUUAGGUAAAGAAUUGACCCCAACACAAGUGAAAGAUAAACCCGUGGUAAAAUGGGCAAAAAAAGAUACAGAGUAUUACACUCUAGUAAUGACAGAUCCAGAUGCACCAAGUCGUGAAAAUCCAAAGUUUCGAGAGUGGCAUCAUUGGUUGAUUGCUAAUAUUUAUGGAGGAGAUCUAGACAAGGGAGAAGUAUUAUCUGAUUAUAUCGGAUCAGGGCCACCAAAAGGUACGGGCUUACACAGAUAUGUCUUUUUGGUUUAUAAGCAACCAGAAAAGUGUGAUUUUUCUAAAGUACCAAAACUGCCGAAUAAUUCGGGAGACAAACGAGGAAAAUUUUCUAUUUCAAAAUUUGCUAACCAGUUUAAGUUUGGUGCGCCGGUAGCUGGUAAUUUUUAUGUUGCAAAAUAUGACGAUUAUGUACCAAAACUAUACGAAAAACUCAAAGGUUAAAAUAUGUUUCGUGAUCAGCAACAGUUUAACACAAUGACAUAUAUGUGUGAAACAGCCCUAAUAACAAACAUAUUUGUCUAUGGUUGAAAUCGAUUUAAUUUCCGUCUCCGCGUGACAUUCCCAUUUUUUCUGAAGUCGCCAUUAUUCCGCCAUUACAUUUUGGAGUUUGCGUAAAUUGGUCGUUGCACUGUCUUUGUGCUACAACUGCUGUGUGUUAUCAGUGACAGUAUAAUAAGUGCGUUGUAUCGCAGUGUUUUAUUGAAACAAAGAGUAGGGACGUUAUAUCGUAUGUCCAUCCAGAAUCUCAA